AGGGUGACGGUGUUGGGCUCCAAACUUUCACAUACCGGCGAUUGCUUAAUUCAUCCGUCUUCAUUCAGUAAGAUCUGUCACUGCCAUAAAUACUAUACAGAAGUCUUCUUAUCAUUCACAAUAGUGUAAAUUUAUCCGAAGAGUUCGCGUCUCCUCAUUUUGAAAGUUGUUUUUUCUCUCUCUCGUUUGAAGUGCGGAGAUUUGGGAGAGCCACAAGUUAAAUGGACGCACGAGGAUCGCAUUUGUGUAUGUGAGUGUAAUUUAAACAUAAUGGUGAAGGGCAGAAAAACGGAUAAUUAACUUCUCUUGACACUGCUGUUGGAUUGGGUUUUGUACAUAACGAAUUCCAGUCAACGGAAAAACUUCGACCCAAGUUUUCCUGCUGUUGGUCGUCGUGUGAUCCAGCAGGUGGAGAAACACAAGCCGCUGUUUCAUCAUUGAAAACAACACUGGAAUAUCUUCUUAAAUAAACCAGUUUUCCUUUGGAAAUCUUCCUGGAUUUAAUUUCGACGACUUGGUGGCUCAAAAAAGCAACUGUCCUAAGCUAGUGUUGAGUAGUUGGUGAUCAUGGCGUCGUCCUCAGUGAAAGUAGCUGUGCGAGUGCGGCCUUUCAACAGCCGAGAGACAAACAGAGGAGCCAAGUGUGUGAUCCAGAUGCAGGACAAGAGCACCUGUAUUACUAAUCCCAAACAGCCCAAGGAAUCACCCAAGAACUUCACCUUUGACUAUUCAUAUUGGUCACACAGCUCGGAAGAAGACCCAUCCUUUGCAUCUCAGAGGAAGGUUUAUCAGGACAUCGGCGAGGAGAUGCUGCUUCAUGCUUUUGAGGGUUAUAAUGUGUGUAUCUUCGCUUAUGGACAGACGGGAGCAGGGAAAUCUUACACAAUGAUGGGAAAACAGGAUCCAGGACAGCAAGGCAUUAUUCCACAGAUGUGUGAGGAUUUGUUCAGACAGACGGCAGAAAACACUGACCCUGACCUGUCCUUCUCUGUAGAGGUGUCAUAUAUGGAGAUUUACUGUGAGCGGGUUCGAGACUUGCUAAACCCAAAAAGCAAAGGCGCUUUAAGGGUCAGAGAGCAUCCUAUCAUGGGCCCAUAUGUAGAAGACCUCUCCAAAAUGGCGGUUACCAACUAUAGUGAUAUUGCAGAUCUCAUGGACACCGGCAACAAAGCAAGGACGGUUGCUGCCACAAACAUGAAUGAGACCAGCAGUCGCUCUCAUGCCGUCUUCACCAUUCUCUUCACCCAGCACCGACACGACCACAUGACCAGCCUAGACACCGAGAAGGUGAGCAAGAUCAGCCUGGUUGAUCUGGCUGGAAGUGAGAGAGCAGACUCAUCUGGAGCCAAAGGCAUGAGGUUAAAGGAGGGAGCCAAUAUUAACAAAUCUCUGACAACACUGGGUAAAGUCAUCUCAGCGUUGGCAGACAUGCACGGCUCAAAGAAGAGACGCUCCGAUUUCAUUCCCUACAGGGAUUCUGUGCUCACGUGGUUAUUGAGAGAAAAUCUAGGUGGAAACUCCCGCACAGCCAUGAUCGCUGCUCUGAGCCCGGCAGAUAUCAAUUAUGAAGAAACACUCAGUACUCUCAGGUAUGCAGACAGAGCUAAGCAGAUCAAGUGUAACGCUGUCAUAAAUGAGGAUCCAAACGCUCGUCUUGUCAGGGAGCUUAAAGAAGAGGUGAACAGACUGAAGGAGCUGCUUCUGUCUCAGGGACUCAGCAACCUUAUUACUGCCUCAGGGUCUGAAACGGGCCAUCCAGCUUUAGCAGGAGUGUUAGGAGAGCCCCAUCAGCCCUCGCUGCCAUAUGUCCAGUCUACCUCUGAUGCACCAAUGGAAGGAGUGACAACCACCAGUCCCUCUGAGCCAAUCAGCAAAGAGGAGGCCGCUGAGAGACUCAAGGAAACUGAAAAGAUCAUUGCAGAGCUAAAUGAAACAUGGGAGGAGAAACUCAGGAAAACUGAGGAAAUACGUCAGGACAGGGAGUCGCUGCUGGCUGAGAUGGGUGUGUCAGUGAAAGAGGAUGGAGGAACAGUCGGUGUCUUCUCGCCCAAAAAAACACCUCACCUGGUGAACCUGAACGAGGAUCCUCUGAUGUCUGAGUGUCUGAUCUACUAUAUUAAAGAUGGAGUCACCAGGGUUGGUCAAGAGGAUGUGGAUAUUCGCCUCAGUGGUCAGUUCAUAAAGGAGCUGCACUGCGUCUUCUGUAGUGAAAUCAAUGAGAAUAAUGAGGUGGUGGUAACUUUGGAGCCGUUAGUUGGAGCGGAGACGUAUGUCAAUGGCAAACAGGUCACUGAAGGUGUUGUGCUCAAACAAGGUAACCGUAUAGUGAUGGGGAAGAACCAUGUGUUCAGGUUUAACCACCCUGAGCAGGCCCGAUUAGAGAGAGAGCGCAGCGCCACACAGGAGCAGCAGGGGGAGCCGGUGGACUGGAGCUAUGCACAGAAAGAGCUGCUGGAGAAACAAGGCAUCGAUAUAAAGCAGGAGAUGGAGAAGAGACUACAAGACCUUGAGAAUCAGUACCGUAAAGAGAAGGAAGAGGCCGACCAGAUACUGGAACAACAGAGGCUGUAUGCAGAUUCAGACAGCGGAGAUGAUUCUGAUAAGAGAUCCUGUGAGGAGAGCUGGAGACUCAUCUCUUCUCUCAGAGAAAAACUACCUGCCAACAAGAUGCAGUCGAUCGUGAAGAAGUGCGGUUUGCCCAGCAGCGGGAAGCGGAGAGAGCCGCUGCGUGUGUAUCAGAUCCCCCAGCGCCGCCGCAUACCCGCCACCCAGGAGUCCAAACAAAGACUCAGCGUCGAGGAGCUGCGCACACAGGCUGUUAAAGAGAUCUGCUAUGAGGUUGCACUUGGGGAUUUUAAGCACACGCGGCAAGAGAUCGAGGCCUUGGCUAUUGUCAGAAUGAAGGAGCUCUGUCGGACAUAUUGCCAGAAAGACCCUCAGGAGAGAGAGACCUGGAAAAGUGUGGCGAAGGAUGUAUGUGAGACUGUGGGCAUUGGGGAAGAAGAGGGAGACAGGGAGGACAGAAUUGCAGCAGCAGCAGCUGGAGGAGGAAGUGAAGGAGGAAAGACCGAUAUGGGAGACCUCAAGGCUCAUAUCGACAAACUGACUGACAUUCUGCAGGAGGUGAAGCUGCAGAAUAAUAUGAAGGACGAGGAAAUCCGAUCACUGAGGGAUCGCAUGGUGAAGAUGGAGAAGAUAUUCCCAGUUGAUGUUAAGGGAGAUGAUGAAGAUGUUGAAUUUGGUGGGGCCAGGGUUGAAGAACCGACAGCACAAGUCAACAGACGAAAUGAGGAUUCUGGGUACCGGCGCGGUCGCCAUCGCUGGCAGUAUCCAGAAAAAUACCACGACCCAAAACGCCGCAAAGGAGCCAACAAUCAGCCAAACAAUGCGCUCUACACACCGCCCCCGGGACACUCUCAGAAUAACCCGUUCAACACAGCAUCCUCUCGACCAUCAAAUCCAUCGUUCAAUUCUCAACCCUCUCGCAACCCCAAUGGGCCUUUCCUACCAGGAACUGGACGCUUUCUGCCCCCACAAGAUAGGAAACUACAGUUCCCGUUUAAGAAUAAUCCCCAACACCGAGGCUUCAAUUGGGGCCCUUGUGGAAACCAAGAACCAGCAGCACAGUCUUCCCUAAAUACAGAUGAAGUUCACACUUUCCAAUCCUCUCCUUCACCGAAACCACAGUGGCCGAAUAAUCAUCACCAACAAAGACGCAAUCAUGGAAACAGAGGCUACGGAAACUGGGGGAACCGACAACGCUCUCGAAAUAGAGGACGAAAUCCCUUUGAUGGAUAUUUAACUAGUGAUCAAGCUGGAAACGCAGAACACAGGGACAGCGGAUCAGUCCAAAUGCAGCACAAGCAGGGUCGAGCGCGCUACACUUGGUACAAUCCCGGUUUUGUUUCAGACCAGUCUGCUGGAGACGGAUUCCAGCACAACUACAACCAAAGCAGACAAGGUCUCUACAAACACCCCAACUCGGAGUACAACCACUACCAGAUCUCUUCUAAACAGGACUAUCAUCCGGAAGUGACCCAAUAUGUGUCCGUAGGCUAUCCCAAUCCACCAUCAGUCCCGGAUUGCAGUAGCACACCAAUGGAGACCUGAUUUUGAGCUCUUAAUCUGAUUGUUCUUGUGCGUCGUUCCUGACUCUUCGGACCCUCGGAUGGGGUGUUGUGGUUUGUCGUGGAAGGGUUUUCUGAUGAUGGGAGCGUCCAGGAAGUUGGAGAAUCUCCUUAGUGCAAUAACAGACAAAACAUUUUAUGCAGCCGGGUUUUUAUGUACAUAUUGCGGUUUUCAUACCUGCACCUACAGUGCUUUACGAGUGUUUUAUGUGCGCACAUAUCUAUACGUUAUCCUGAUGUAUACUGUAUAUAAGUAGGUUAUAAAUUGGAAGGGUGUGUAUUUGCAAGAGAGUUAAGCUCCUUUAAUGCACACUGCACUGCAAUGUUGACGUCAAGGCCCAAGAAGCGUGCGGCCUAUGAAACUAUCUGAGGAUUUUACAUCGUGCCUGCUGAAACGCCAAAGAAUUUUAGGAUUCCUCAGCCCUCAGGCUUAUAACUGCUUUGGAUGCUGCCUUUUUUAUUGUUGGUGUUUUAUAUCCUAUGUGUUGUUUUAUUCUUGGAUCCUGAGGGGCAUGUGUUUUAUAAACCGUCUGUUCUGUAGUUUAGAGAUUAAGAAAGGACGUGGGAUAUGUAAUCCUUAAAUCACGGAUGUCCACACUCGGUCCUGGUGGGCCGGUGUCCUGGAGAGUUUACCUCCAACUCUAAUCAAACACACCUGAACAAGCUAAUCAAGCUGUUACUAGGUCAGGGGUGUCCAAACUCAGUCCUGGAGGGCCGAUGUCCUGCAGAUUUUAGCUCCAACUUGCCUCAACACACCUACAAGGAUGUUUCUAGAAAGCCUAGUAAAAGCUUCAUUAGCUAGCCCAGGUGUGUCUGAUUGGCGUCGGAACUAAAAUUUGAAGGACAGCGGCCCUCCAGGACCGAGUUUGGACAUGCCUGUGCAAGGUAUACUAGAGACUUCCAGGCUGGUGUGUUGAAGCAAAUUGGAGCUAAAGUCAGCAAGACAUCGGCCCUCCAGGAGCGACUUCGGUCACCCCAGCCUUAAAUAGUUAACUGCAAACAAUUGAAGUGCCUGAGACUUUUACCUCUUAAUCACAUGUACAAGAUGAUAAUCUUGGUGAGGAUCCACAACAAUCCUUCCCUGUUGAGGUGCAAUCACGCGGACAAUGUUUUGCUACAGCAAAGCAACAGAUCGAUUGAUUUAUUUAGCUACAUUUAGUGACAUAGUCAUGUGAACAAGUUAGGAGACUUGAAUUGCACGUCCAUAUCUGGACAAUAUGGUCCUUGGCAGGUCUUAAAAUCUCGAAGAUAAAACCUCAAACGGACAACACACAACAUCUCAAAGUGGGUCAUUAAUUAUUUACCAAAGAUAGAAAGAUAGAGGGAUGACAACCUGAAGGCAGCCUAUGAUUCAGAUGUCUGUAGGUCCACUUUUAGCAGCAGUGAGUUGAAGUUCUCAUUUUCUGCAUGAAAGUUUUUUGCAAAGCGUUUCAGUCAGGAUGAGCUCUGGACUUUGACUAAGCCAGGGGUGCUC